CAGCCGCACCCCAAUCCACGCAGCAGAACAAGGCUUCCUCCAUCGUAACUCUCAGAUUCACACCUUGAUAAAGUGUCCCAGUAGAUGGCAAAGGUGGCAUAUUGUCGCUUCAGAAACUUAUCGAUUAAGAAAUCUUCCUUGUUCUUGUUGAAUGCAUAAUAAUUUCUUUCGGCGCCAUGGGAGCAGGCCCUUUGCAGAUCGGGAAGGGCCUAGGAAAGAAUACGACGGGCAUAUCAUCGCUGGGGAGCGACUGCAAAGGAACAGAGACGACCACCACAGUUUCGGUCGUGGGAGGGGUGGUUAUAAUCCUCUGUUUUACCGCCACAAUUUCAGUCAUGGAAGGAGAGGCUAUAAUCAUCGGCACUACCGCCACAAUUUCAGUCGUGGUAGGGUAAACCACAAUUCUUUGCCUUACCGUCACACUGUUACUCGGGAUUUUAGAACAGAACAUUCUUCUGAUUACGAUCGUCAGCACAAGUCUGAGCUUGACAUCUCUGAUAUGAGUGAUAAACGCACGAAAAGCACUACAGAGGGUGGAUCCUUGGCUCAAAGAGAAAAACAGAAGGCUCGUCAAGGCCGUGCUUCCUCUCAAACUGAAACUAGCCACAUCAGUGAUGGUGGCACAGAUAUCGACAAAAGCGCAGGCGACGAUGGUGAGGGCGUCAUUUGGGAAGAAUCGCAUGAGGUUUAUAAUGAUGACGCACUGAAGUUACUUGAUGUUGACAAAGAUAUUGAGGAUGAUGAUAUUGAGCCUUACAUUACUGAAGCCGCUAACUUAUUGGGCUUUGAGCGCACACAUAGGUUGAAGAUCCAAGCCGUGCCCCUUGACAAAUGCAAAGUCCCCACACCUCCUCAACAGUUAACGAACAAAGUCCUCCGUUUUGAAGGAUUUCAGUAUAAAAAUGAACUUGUUACAGCAGAUCAGGACACAACUUUUGUUGUUUUAGAGCCAAUUUCAAAAGAGGCGCCAUCGAUCAUUAUUAAUACCCUGGCACAGGAGUUCAUACGCAAUCCUGCGAAGCAGUGGCAUAACGAUUCUUCCCUUCAACUUUGUACUGCAAUCCCCUAUAACCAUAAACUGUUGCUUUGGGCUCGGAUGAUGCUCAUAUCAGAGGAAGACAAGGAAAUGUUGCUCAAGGCUGAUAUCUUCCGUGGUGUAUUGGCAUCUCUUUAUCAUGUUCCGAUCAAUCCUUCACUAGUUGCUUCCUUUCUUACAUUUUGGAACACUGACGGACAUACCUUGAUUACUUCUCAAGGGGAGAUGGGCUAUCCCCUUAUAGCUAUGUAUGAUGCUAUGGGCAUUCCAAUUUCUGGGCACCUUUAUGAGGAAUAUUUCCCAUUGCCGUCUGAAGUUUCAGAGAUUGUAAAAGUCCUUCACUCGGCCUAUGCUGAUAUCUGGGUGUUGCAUCAGAAUGGAAGCUCUUGUAAAGUCACUCUUCAAAAUUGGUUGGAUUAUUUUAUAGGAGAAGAUCUCGGAGCUGUUGGCAAAACUGAAGCAAGGGUGCCAAGUCAUUUCUAUGCUGAUCCUGAAGAUCCCUUGCUCUCUCAUCUAGAGUUUCGCACGUUGUCUUUGCAGAAACGCUGGUCGGCUAGAUUUGUCAACCAUGUAAUUUUUUACAAGCAGACAUAUGAACGAGAAAUAUACCGUGCCGCCUUCAUCGCAGCUUGGCUAUGCACAUACUGUGUUCCUAUCAAUAUGGGGUCCUUUAUUCGGCCGGAGGUCUUCUGUGCUGCAGCUAGACUUGCUCAAGGGAUCCGUCUUGCGAUUGGUACGGCAAGCAUGGCCUAUCUUUACCAAAGUCUUGAUAAUGUUUGUCAAGAGAUUAUAGCCGGAUCAAAGUCAGCAAGUGAGUGCCAACUGCCAUUACCUGCACAUUUUAUUAUGGGCUGGUUCUCCUCUUAUUGGAAAAUGACACCUUCACAACCAGCGGUGAAUCCAAAAAUUACUCACUUCCCGCCGUUCGUGACGGACGCAUGGAGAAUCACAUCUACAGCAAUUGAUCUGUUCAAAGCCCAUCAGUUGUUCCUUGACUCAGCUGCAGAUAGCAAAUCUCUGCUUUCCUUAUCUUUCUUGGGGAAAUCUCGCAUACGUUUCCCUCAGUCAGAGUCUGAAUUUUUGAUAAGUGAUGCACGAGAAGCCACAGAUGGUGGACGCCGUACUAUCCGUAUUACAACUAUCGACAUGCUAAUCAGUUGUGGUGUGGGUGCUGUUACACAUACUCAAUGUCAACUCCAUCACAACUUGGUAUAUUCCCCUCAUCGUUUUGCUCGGAUGCAUGGGUGUGAUCAAGAUGUCCCUGACUUCCUGAUGGAAGGACCCAAUGGAGAAUAUCUUCUGCAGUUUUCUAGCUAUUUGAAAGGCACCCGUGAGGAAACAAUUGAGCACCUUCAGCGACGACACCUGGCUUACUACUUUCCAACCGGUCAUCAGCUUCAUUUACAGCCCUUGUCACGGCGAACCAAGCGCUCUAUUGAGUAUGUGACGUGGUGUACAUCAGCACUUGGUUUCCUCACUAAAGCUGAUAUGAUCUGUUCAGGUCAAGAACCAUCAUCUGCUCUCCAGAAAGGGGAGAUUGAAAUGCCUUCUAACACAGCAAUUUCACGUACAUUGAAGAUCCAGAAGAAAAAUUCAACAAAGAUGAAUCUUGCCUCCACUAGUGACGAAGGAAAUAAGGCAGCCCCUAAUUCAGGUGUGCCUAUCAUCGGCGGCGUCACCAAACAGAAGAGGACUCGAGCUAGUUGCCGUAACAAGAAAAAUAAAAUGGCCCCUGAAUCUUCACUCGAGCCUGCCACUGUCCAUUCAUCGAUAGAAAUUCCUCAGGUUUCAGAUAUCAAGACAAAUAUGACUUCGCCCGGAUUAGAACAAAUAGCUGCCAAACAGUCUGACACACUGCUUACUGGAAAGAGAAACAAAUCCAAAGCGACAGCUGCUCGAUUCCUCAGAAUUUCCCAUGCUCUCAUAACUGAUCACGGCAUAAAGAAGGAUGUGGUUACUACUGACUCUCGUGAUCCUAUAUCCGCUGACAGCGGAAUGUCACCACCCCAAGAGACCAACAUUCUUCAGACAGUUGGAGAAAAACGUUCCUCCCCUCACCGUGUAGCUGAAGUAGAGAAAUGUAGCUUGGAGAACCUCAACACUGAAGACAAACAUCUGGAUGUGACACUUGAACAUGCAGACCAACAGCAUGAUAGCCCCCCGAAGAAACCGCGUUUGGAUCGUCCAGGUGGAGGACAUGACUUGGAGAUGGCUCUGUCCAAAGCCGCAACACUGAAGUCCAGUAUGGACCAGACCAUAAAACGCUAUUUGGAGAACGUUGGUGAUGAAUUCAUCAGCCUUAAACGCAAUUCCGAGCCGAAGGAGCUCAACAAAUAUGAGGGACGUAGCAGGAUUGUGGUGCCCCAGUAUGCUGACCCUAGUCUGAGAGAUAUGAUGGUCUAUGUUCAGUCUGACCUUAAGAAGAUUCAGAAGUGGAUCGCUGCACCGAUAUUGGACAAAGUUGCUUUGAGUACACGGAUUGCAACAAUCUUGAACCGGUGGAGAACCAUGUUACAAACCAAAAUCCCGCAGGAGGUACAGGAACUCAUGAAUGAGUUAGAGUGCUUAAAGAUGAAUCUUGAUAGCAAGUCAGAUCAUGCUGUUCCCUUUAGUAUUUCCAAUCUGCGAGCAGAUGAAGAGCAUAUCAAAGAGCAGUUAAAAAUGGGUAAGAAGUCUCGUGAGUCCAUCAUGGUGGGAUACGACUCUCUUAAGGAUUACGGCAACGUAUGGGGCAGCCUCGAGGAUGAAGUGAAGAAAAGGAAAGAGGAAUAUCUCGAAAAGAUCAAGGAGCUGAACAAUGCCAUAGGAAUCGCGAGAUCCAAGCUCUCCCUGGAAAAGGAGUAUGAAACUAGGCUCAUUCAGCUUCACAACCAGUAUGACGAAAUAAUGAGCGAAGCACACACUUCCGUCUCUCGUUUGGAAGAAACCCUGGCACAAGGAAGUUCCUGCUUGGAGAGCAUUCAUAAGGCUAUUGGGGAAGCUGGGAGCCAAGGUGACUCUGAACUUCCUUCUGGUCUGCGUGAGCAACUCAAGUUCAUGGAAUCCUGCGCAGUGGAAGGUGUCGAACAGGAUGACGAGUAAAACCAUAUUCAGCGUGUUCCUUUUACUUCAAAAUCAUUCAUGCUUUUUUUCUUUUUUCUUUUUAAGAAAGCUCGUGUCGUAGUUUGCUUUUGUCAGCUGCUGGAUUUAUCACUGUAAUCCGCCUUAUUAUUUAUCAAUAAAGGAACACAUUCCUCUCU